AUGGCGCCACGGACCUCUGCUCUUACUGCACCAAGCAGGCUCUUCAAAGAGCUGAAGGAUUAUAACAAGGAGGGGGAGAAUGAAACAUUCCUGUUCCUACGACCUGUUGACGAAGACGACAUACUGCACUGGGAAGCUGUAUUGAAAGGUCCAGUUGGAACACCUUACGAGGGUGGACUUUGGCACGUUAAUAUUGAAGUCCCACCAAACUACCCUAUUGCACCGCCGACCGUCUACUUCACGACUAAGAUCGUGCACCCGAAUAUCGACUUCCGCACAGGCGAGGUUUGUUUGUCACUCUUUGAUGCGGAAUGGAGUCCGGCUGGGGGUCUCUCGGCCACACUCAGAGCUAUUCAGUGGCUGUUGAAGGAUCCGAAUCCGGAUUCGCCGCUGAAUGUCGAGAUCGCUGUUCUACUGCGCAAAGGGGAUUUGGCUGGCUAUGAGAGUCUUGUCCGGUAUUUGACCGAGCAGGAGCGCUGGGAGGAGGGUCUGAAUCCUGGACGAUGA